UCAGUUCCUUUUUUCUUUCCAGGUCACUAUGGAAUACAAGGAGAGUGAUGGAGCAGUAGAACCCAUCCGAGUGCAUACAGUUGUGAUCUCAGUACAUCAUGCCCCAGAUGUACCUCUACAACACAUACAAAAGGAGCUAAUGGAGAAAGUUGUUAAAGAAGUCAUUCCAGAGAGGUAUCUCGAUGAAGACACAAUUUAUCAUCUUCUUCCAAGUGAGAAGUUUGUAGAAGGUGGUCCUAAGAGUGAUGCUGGUCUGACUGGCAGGAAGAUCAUUGUUGAUACAUAUGGAGGUUGGGGAGCCCAUGGUGGAGGAGCUUUCUCUGGAAAAGACCCUUCCAAAGUUGAUCGUUCUGCAGCAUAUGCAGCUCGAUGGGUUGCAAAAUCUCUGGUGAAAGCUGGUCUCUGUAAAAGAGUAUUAAUCCAGGUAAGAGCAACUGUGAAAUUAAUAGACCAUAACAGACAUUCUAUCCCUUGUGUGGCCAUUCCUUCAGAAUACAAGCUUGCAAUCUCAGUCCCAGUCCAGUCUAAGAAUGUCUCAUAUUAGAAUGAGUCAUCCCAU